UGGGUGGCACACUUUUAUUUUUUUAGUUGUAGGCUACUCAUUACUCUAACCAGUUUCGGAGUUAAAAACACAUUAAAACCAGUUUGUUUACAAAGAGUCAUGGAGAAACCGCUAAAAACGUGACUUUAGCAACGCAGUUUACUGGAUUUUGUUUGCUAAAAGCAUCCCGCCGUGAAAAGCUAACUGGUGCUGACACGGUUAACAUCUGGAACAUCUGGAUCUAACUUGCGGUCACGUGACCGCCGGGGAAUUCGACACUGCGGAACCUGGAGUCGGUGGACAAACUCUGCUGGGAAGAAAAUUGAUCUAAUCACCCCGAAACCUGAAGCUUGGACCAUGACACAACUGUUCAUACUCGCCCUGAGCUGGUGGAUCCCAGCCUUCCUCUGCGGGGUGACGACGGAGAAGGAGUUUGCAGUCCUGGAGGGUCGCUCUCUCACCAUCCCCUGCCACUACGAGCCCCAGUAUGCCACCUACGUGAAGUACUGGUGUCAGGGCCGGACCAGGGAGUUCUGCAGCAGCCUGGCCCGCACCGACGACCCCCGCGUGGUCAACCCGGCCCAGGACAAAGUGAGCAUCUUCGACGACCCCGUCCAGCUGGUGUUCACCGUGACCAUGAACAACCUGAAGGAAGGGGACUCGGGCUGGUACAUGUGCGGCGUGGAGAUAGGCGGCCUGUGGAGCGCUGAUGUUUCCACUUUCACAAACAUUAAAGUCAUUCACGGGAUGUCAGUUGUGAACAGCAGAAUAUAUGAAGAUGAGGGAAGCACCGCCACAGUAGAAUGCCACUACAGUGAGAGAUACAGAGAGAGUGAGAAGAAGUGGUGCCGGAGUGGAGACUGGAGAUCGUGCCUGUCGACGGGGCCUGACGGGAGCUACGAGGACUCCUCCGUGGCCAUCACAGAUGACAGAACUAGGGCUUUCACUGUAACCUUAAAGAAGCUGGAGAUGAGAGACACUGGCUGGUACUGGUGCUCUGCAGGGCAGCAGAAGAUAACUGUGCACGUGGUGGUCGCACCAAAGCCCACGACAACAGCUGUCUCUGUGACAUCCCCACUCAUGAGCCGUUCUCCCGCGUACCUGCCCCCACCUAAACCCAUCACUAAGGACUCCUGGAAAGGUCACAGUCACAUGAUGGCGUCCGUGGCGGUGCUGUCCUCCGUCGUGGUCCUCGUGGGGGCGAUCGUAUUGGUCACCAGGUUGUGGCGGCUCCAUCGGAAAGAUCCUCUAAGAGAAGUUGAUGACAGGAACUCUAAAUUCACCCGCAUUUCAGGGGAUGCUGGCGACUUUCAAAGUGCCGCUGUCAUUUUUCUUAACAAGGAUUCCCAGGAGGUCCACAUGUACUGAGAUCCUUCUGCGGAGCGUUUCCUCAAGUCUUUGCAACUGAAUGUAUUUUUUUUAAUUGUGUGUUAAUCUACUGCACAGAACAUGCAGGUCUUUUUCUUGAGUCCUUUUGUAUCAUGUACCAGACACCUGUGUUUUGACUUGCUGCUUUGGAGAAAAACAGCCCAGAUACUGUACGUUGCAGAGCUCAGAAAUAAACUAAUUCAAAAUGUAAUUUUCCCCCAGAAAGUACAGGAGAGGUGAAUACCUCCUCAAUAACGUUUUACCCUAUAUCAUGCACACGGUGGUCAAUAAUUACAGUGUUGUUUAUCUGUUUCCAGUUUUAGAUCAAUAAAAAUGCUCCA